UAAUUAAGUUUAUAUAUAUAUAUAUAUAUAUAAACACUCGAUCGUUUUCUGCAAACACAUAUUUGUCAGUUAAAGUAAUUACCGAUAUAAUAAAAGAGAGACAAACGCAUGAAUGGAGUGUUCAGAUAUUGGAUGAACUCCUGGAACAUCCUGCGAAGGCAUACAUGAACAAAGAUGAAGGAAGUAAGCCCCGUGAUGGAGAAUCUGAUACUAAUUUUCUUUCGAUGUCGGCUAUCAAACCGAAAACUGAAGAUAAGAAAGAAGAUCAAAAGGAGGCAUCGCAAGGUGAAGCGAACAAAGAUGGGGCUCAAGAAAGAACUGAUACGGCCUUGGUGGUGGCAGCCAAGAAUGGCGUAGUUGAAGUUGUGACCAAAAUUCUUGAACGAUUGCCAGUGUCCAUCCACGACACCUCGUCAAUGAACAAGAAUAUAUUGCUGGUGGCAGCGGAGAGCAGGCAGCCUAGAAUUCUGAACACGCUGCACAAACACUUAAACCAAGCACCAAAAAAGCAUAAACUGUGGGAAGACCUCAUUCGAGGAGUGGAUACUGAUGACAACACUAUGUUGCACUUAGCAGCGAGGUAUAGCACAAAAGUGCAUCAUAUUUGGCAAUUUCAUGGCGAUGCCCUGCAGAUGCAACGAGAAAUGAAGUGGUUCGAGCAUGUGAAGUCGUUGCUGCCAGCCCACUUCGUUUUCCUAGCCAACAACAAAGACGAAACUCCGGAACAAAUCUUCACCAGUGAUCAUAACGAUCUUGUCGAUAAAAGUAGCAAGUGGCUUAAGGAAACGUCUGAGUCUUGCUCAGUGGUGGCUGCGCUGGUUGCCGGAGUUUCCUUUGCGACGUCAAGCUCUGUCCCCGGAGGCACCGAUGAGCGGACUGGCAAACCCAAACUAGAAGGACGGGCUGCGUUUGAACUUUUCGCUGUCACUGCACUUAUUGGGCUUUGCUUCUCAGUCACUGCACUGAUCAUGUUCCUCUCCAUACUCACCUCUCGAAAACAACCAAAAAAUUUCAAGACAAAUUUGCCGCUGAAGCUUCUUCUGGGCCUAAGCUCAUUGUUUGUGUCCAUUGUCUCAAUGCUCAUCUCUUUCUGCGCUGCACAUUUCUUCGUGCUUGAGGACAAAUUUAAGAAUGGAGUGUUCCUUCUUUAUGCCGCUACUUGCCUUCCUGUCUCCUUCUAUGCAAUCGCACAGUUCCCGCUCUACCUGGAUCUUUUCAAAGCCAUUGUUAUUAAGGUUCCCCAAUCACAUCAUUUUGGCCAUUUAUCAUAGUAUGUGUGUGUGCAUUUCUCGCCGGAGAAUUUCCUCCUUUUCUAUUUUCAUCUAAUUCAUAUAUUUUGUUUGUUUGUUUUUGUUUUGGUUUGUUCCCCGCCCAAUUGACUUGA